AUGGAUUUGACCAUAGCGGCGAAGAAACUGUUCGCAAGUCAGCCGAUGAUGUUGGAAUGUAUCGCGCCACUAAAUAUCUGCGGUGAUAUUCAUGGCCAAUUGAGCGACUUGAUUAGGAUAUUCAAUAUGGUUGGAUGGCCACCCACAGUGAACUACUUGUUUCUUGGAGAUUACAUCGAUCGUGGUCGAUGGAGCAUUGAGACAAUCAUGUUUUUGCUUUUGAUUAAGGUAUCAAUCUUUUUAACUAGAUUUAAAACACUACCUCAAAGACAAAGGAAACUAUAG